CAGAGCGGACGCAUUUCAUCCACAAAUCGAGCUUCCACGGGCGAAAAUAGAGUUGUAAAAAAAUUGAAGCGAUCGAGUUGAAUCGACUGAACUCAUUUGGUUUUCGCGUUUCAAUGGUGAAUUGAUGGAAUAAAUUGAGUGCAAUUAUCGACGGGGAGUGCGUUGCUACAGCGUGCGUGUGUGUGUGUGUGGAAUUCGCCAAAUACUCGUCUAGUGAUACGCAAUCCCCCGAACACUUGCUGUGCAUGUGUACAGGAAGCACGUGGUUGUGUACCGAGUAGAGGCCUCCGCGCAGCGUCAACGCGUCUUCAAAAAGUGGAGAAUAUCCGUCGAAUCCAGACAGUGUCCCAGCCUCCGCGGACAUCCACAUUAUGGCACACGAAUAAAUAACGAUAAUAGGGGCGAACAUUCAGUGGGCAGUGACGCGCGCUCAUGAUAUCCCACUGCACAACUUGAUGAUUCGUGAGUCAGACGGAAUUCUUCUGAGAAUUGAGUGAAAAUACGGAGAGCCAGUGGUACGGGGGACUGCUCCGGAGAGCUGAAGGCAUUGGGGAGCUUUUUCAUCUUGAAUUGUCACGUGGGUAGCCGAAAAAGAGCAGCUCAACGACUGCGCUCAGCGCAUAACCUGCGAUCCAGGGACAUUUGUUUUCACCAGUACAAUCUUGUGGAUUUCUGGGCAAUUGCUGGAAAGGUGUUCUGGUCUCUAAGGGAACUGAGCAGUGGAGGAAUAACCUGUGUUACUGAGGGAAUCAAGAAACCCUUGGUGGGCAAGUGAAAAAAAAACAACAGAGGUCACCAGCGAUAUAGACAAAGAAAAAAAAUUUUUUUUGAAAAGGAAAGGUUAAGUAAACCUGAUCACCAUGAUUGUGGAAGACAAACUUGAGAUGGAGAGUUUUUGGGUGAGCGGAGCAAUCACAGCGAUAAAGGCACUGUCUUACGUCUACGAUCUCCUAACAUUUCCCGUGUAUUUAAUUCUCCAACGUCCCUGGGAAAAGAGGAAAUUGUCGAGACGAGUCAAGGCCAAACCAAUCGCUAAGGACGACAACUCAAUAACAUACAGAAAUAUUGAUGAUCCUGGACCAAUACACGUUAAACUUCAGCGACAAAGUGUGGAUACACUUGAGAAAGUAUUGCGUUAUGCCGCUGAAACACACGGAGGCAAAAAAUGCCUGGGGACGAGGCAAAUACUCGCGGAGGAGAACGAAGUCCAGCCCAAUGGCCGAGUGUUUAAAAAGUACAAGAUGGGCGAGUACAAGUGGAAAAGUUACACAGAAGUCGAGCGAUUGGCUGCAUCGUUCGGCCGUGGUCUCCGUGAGCUCGGUAUGACAAAGCGCAAGAACAUCGUAAUAUUUGCCGAGACAAGGGCAGAAUGGAUGAUUGCAGCGCAUGCAUGCUUCAAGCAGGAUCUGUCUGUUGUAACAAUUUACGCAACUCUCGGUGAUGAAGCCAUUGCCCACGGAAUCAACGAAACUGAAGUUGACACUGUAAUAACGAGCCACGAGUUGCUGUCAAAAUUCAAGAGGCUUCUGUCAUUGGCACCAGCAGUGAAGAAUAUCAUCUACAUGGAGGAUCAGUUGGUGCCUUCUGAGACCGUUGGAUUUAAAGAGGGCGUCAGUCUCAUUCCAUUCUCAGACGUCAUCAAGAGGGGAAACACGUCGGCUCUGGAGUCUGUUCCCCCCAAGGCCGAGGAUAUUGCCAUUAUUAUGUACACGUCUGGCUCCACUGGAAUUCCAAAGGGCGUUCUUCUGUCGCACAAGAACAUGUUGUCAACUCUGAAAGCCUUCUGCAGCAGCAUAACAACCCUCGAGGACGAUAUAUUCUUUGGAUUUUUACCUCUUGCACAUGUCUUUGAAUUAUUGGCUGAGAGUGUCGCUAUUCUUGCUGGAAUUCCCAUUGGCUACAGUUCACCACUCACCAUGAUUGAUUCAAGCAGUAAAAUAAUGAGGGGAUGCAAAGGCGAUGCUGCCGUGCUCAAGCCAACUUGCAUGACUGCUGUUCCCCUCAUUCUGGACAGAAUUUCCAAGGGGAUCAACGAGAAAGUCAAGAAAUCGGGAGCACUGAGCCAAGCAAUAUUCAAUUUUGCUUAUCAGUACAAACUCAAGUGGACGAAGAGGGGGUACAGCACACCACUCUUCGAUCGUUUCAUUUUUGGCUCGGCUAAACAAGUACUUGGGGGGAAAAUUCGGCUUAUUCUCUCUGGGGGCGCUCCACUCACUCCUGAGACUCACACUCAGGUGAAAAUUUGCCUCUGUGUGACUCUUACUCAGGGAUAUGGACUGACUGAAACGUGCUCAUCAGCAACUGUUAUGGAUUAUUACGACAGAAGUACGGGGAGAGUUGGUGCACCUGUUAUUGGCUGUGACAUCAGAUUGGAGAAUUGGGAGGAAGCCAGUUACAGGGUCACUGACAGCCCCUAUCCCAGGGGGGAGAUCAUCAUUGGUGGGGAAAAUGUGUCGCAGGGGUACUACAAGAUUCCGGAGAAGACUCAGGAAGAUUUUUUCUUCAAGGAUGGAAAACAGUGGUUCAGGUCUGGGGACAUUGGGGAGGUACAUCCUGAUGGCUGCAUCAAAAUUAUUGAUCGUAAAAAAGACUUGGUGAAGCUCCAGCUUGGCGAGUAUGUUUCUCUUGGCAAGGUUGAAGCUGAAUUAAAAACCUGUCCACUGGUUGAAAAUAUUUGUGUAUACGGUGAUGCGCAUAAAGCGUACACAGUGGCACUUGUAGUGCCAAAUCCUCGACUUCUCGAUGAGAUUGCUAUUAACCUUGGCAUUACCAAUGCCAGUCUCGAGGAGCUCUGUGAAAAUCCUGUGAUUGAGAAAGCUGUGUUGCAAGAGUUAAUCGAGCAGUCUAAGAAAUCCCAACUACAGAGGUUCGAGAUCCCGGGGGCUGUGAAACUGUGCGCAGAGCAGUGGUCGCCAGACAUGGGUCUCGUCACAGCAGCCUUCAAACUGAAGAGAAAAGCAGUGCAAGAACGCUAUCAACACGAGAUCAAUAGAAUGUACGCAUCGUGAUGUUCAGCCAAAUGCCCCAAGUGCAGGACUAAAGCCUGGAACGACAACAAAAGAAAAUCUUAAGAUCGAAUUCGUCAUACGCAAUAACCCCUCUCCCUUCCCCAACAAGCAGUAACAAUGAGUAUUGAUGGUAAAACGGAAGCUCAGAUUAUUUGCGGUGAGUUUAUGUAACUGUUGUGAAUAGAAUUGAAACACCAGUUCAAAACUGCGAUCAAGCAUCAAACACGAGAAAAUUUCAUAGAGAAACCUAGUGAAUUGUAUAGAAAAAUCCAACGGAUUUUUAUUGAAUUUGUACUGAAAAUUGCUGGAGUUUUGCUAGGCGUUUUUUAGUAGAAAAUAUUCUGUAGAAAAAAUUGGUAUUUCAUCUUUCGAUACAACUUUUUCCAUUGAGACAUUUUUUGUAGGAAUUCCUCGACUCGAGUUUUCCUAUUUUUCUUCUA